AAUCUUUUCUGCCCUCUGGCAGCCUCACUCGGACCUUCCGGACUUCACCUCUUUCAAGAAGCCCUCCCUGGGGGCCCCGCCCUUUGGGAGCACAACACCCUUUUUGUUCCCAAAGCCCUACGUCCCUAUCAGGUGCUGAUGCUACCAUCUGCUUCUGCGCUGGGCCCGCAGGCCGGGGCACACUUUGCAGGAGGAGGCUUUGUCAUAAUCUUCUUUGUCGCCCCAGUUCCUAGCUCAGCAGCGGAGCCCCUCAAACCUCGGGAACUCCUCCCUGCAGAGGAGCCUCGGGCUGCCUUUAACCGGGGCAGGGUGACGGAGGCCUCAGGGCCCGGGCAGGCACAGCUAGCGGGACUCAGCGCCGGCCUGGCGCCGGGGCUCGUAUUACCGCCUCACUGCUGCAGGCGGGCUGUAAGCGCGCGCGCGGUCGCCAUGGUAGCGCAGGCGCCGCGGCGUGGUAAAAGGAGCAUGGGGAGCCCCCGGGAGACCGCCAGUGCGCCGGCCAGUCCCUCUGCUCCGGCCCCGGCUCGGGCCUCCAAUCAGGCUCGUUCUCCGGGCGCGGCCCUGGCGGGUCAGCGCGAAUCUCCAGAAUCUGGUCUUCAGGAACAGUAUUCUAAUCUGUGUAUGGAAAAAUCCCAGAAAAUUAAUCCUUUUAUAUUGCAUAUACUCCAAGAACUGGAUGAAGAAAUUAAAAAGGGACUAGAAGGAGGAAUUACAUUAAACAUUGCUGGUAACAAUCGCUUAGUGUUAGUAGAAAGAGUUACAAGUGAAGAUUUUUGGAUUCUUUCCAGAAUUUUAAAGAAUUGUCUGUAUAUUAAUGGUUUAGAUGUUGGAUAUAACCUUAUAAGUGAUGUUGGUGCAUACUACGCUGCGAGACUGCUUCAGAAACAACUUUAUCUCACUUACUUAAACCUCAUGUUUAAUGAUAUUGGGCCUGAAGGUGGAGAACUGAUUGCUAAAGCACUACAUAAGAAUCAGACUCUGAAAUACCUAAGAAUGACUGGAAACAAAAUUGAAAAUACAGGUGGAAUGUUUUUUGCUGCAAUGCUGCAAAUUAAUUCAUCCUUAGAGAAAUUAGAUCUGGGUGACUGUGAUCUUGGGAUGCAAAGUGUGAUAGCAAUUGCUACAGUACUAACUCGAAACCAAGCAAUUAAGGCAAUAAACCUAAACCGACCUAUCCUGUAUGGUGAACAGGAGGAGUCCACAGUCCAUGUAGGCUGCAUGUUAAAAGAAAAUCACUGUCUUGUUGCACUACACAUGUGUAAGCAUGAUAUGAAAAACAGUGGUAUACAACAGUUAUGUGAUGCACUGUAUCUGAACAGUAGUCUGCGCUACCUUGAUGUCAGCUGCAAUAAAAUAACUCAUGAUGGAAUGGUGUAUGUGGCUGAUGUACUGAAAAGCAACACUACCCUGGAAGUAAUAGAUCUUUCCUUUAACAGAAUAGAAGAUGCAGGUGCCAACUAUCUCAGUGAAGCUCUUACUUCACACAAUAGGAAUCUUAAAGCGUUGUCAGUAGUCAGCAACAACAUAAAGGGAGAAGGACUUGUUGCACUUUCACAAUCAAUGAAAACAAAUCUCACAUUCUCCCAUAUCUACAUUUGGGGAAACAAAUUUGAUGAGGCAACGUGUAUAGCAUAUUCACAUUUAAUUCAAACGGGUCGUCUAAAACCAGACAAUACAGAUGUGGAGCCAUUUGUGGUAGAUGGACACGUAUAUCUUGCAGAAGUCUCCAAUGGCCUUAAGAAGCAUUAUUAUUGGACAUCAACUUAUGGAGAAUCUUAUGACCACUCAUCUAAUGCAGGUUAUGCUCUUGUUCCAGUAGGUCAACAGCCAUGAUAAAGAAGCUCUAAAAUAAUUUUCAUACAUUUGUCUUAUUACUUUCACAGAGAUUAAUAUUCUAUAGCCUAUUUGUUUUCUUUCAUAAAUUAAAACAAGUUACUUUUCUCAAAUGUGUAAAAGAUAAUGGCUGUAUUAAAUUUUGUAUAGCUGUGCACUAU